UAAACGACAUCGUUAAAAGGAGAAGUCCAAAAAACUCAACCUUCUUUGUUCUUCUUCUCCUUCGUCUUCUUUCAAGAAGGCAGCUUUCCUCUUCCAUUACUGCAAAACCCAGAGCUCAAAGAGCAGCUUCACAAAGGACACCGAAAGCCAUGAAUGCCCCCGACAGAUACGAGCGCUUCGUCGUCCCAGAGGGCACCAAAAAGGUCUCAUACGAGAGAGACACGAAGAUCAUUAAUGCGGCGUCGUUUACCAUUGAAAGAGAGGAACAUACAAUUGGAAACAUCUUGCGCAUGCAGCUGCACAGAGAUGAAAAUGUGUUGUUUGCUGGAUAUAAGCUUCCUCAUCCUUUGCAGUAUAAAAUUAUCGUCCGGAUCCAUACCACUAGCCAAUCGUCGCCGAUGCAAGCAUAUAAUCAAGCCAUCAACGAUUUGGACAAGGAGCUUGAUCAUUUGAAAAAUGCAUUUGAGGCUGAGUUCGCUAAGCUCUCAAGGGACUACUGAUUUGGUUUUGAAAAGUUUGGUGGAGCUCAAUACAAAAUGCAGGUACAGGACAAUGAGUUACUGACAUGAAAUGGAUUUCCGAGAACUUUGUUUGUUCUCUUUAAGGCUGCUGAAACCAUCUUGUAACUUGCUCAACUUUUGUUGUAUGACAAUGCAUCUAAAUUUUUUUUUUUUUUUGUCUCAGCACACUUCAUGUUUGUGUUAGUAGAUAUCCUUUUGAAAGUUUCAGUUUGAUCGGUGUACUUGCUCAAAUUUAUUAAUAUUACAUUUUGAUGGGUGUUAGAUCUCCAAUAUAUCAAGCAGGUGAUUUUUUUUUCUUUUCA